AUGACGUUGCUCAAAGGACUAUCGUCAGCAAGGAGUAAAACAGUUUGCGAGAUUCGCAUAGCCGACAACAAGCGCACUGAAAAACUAAGCAAAAUCUCUCUGAGAAGGCAGUCCAAAUUCACCAAAUCAGAACGUCUUUGCAGUAUUAACGUCGUACUCUCGUACGGACUUGAACGACCUGGUAAGCUUAAUUUUCACCAGUCUUUUAAUGUUGUUGACCGGAAAACAUUCCGACGCGAUAAAACUUAAGCAUGGAUAAGUUUAUAUAGAUUUAUAUAAGUUUAUAUAGAUUUGCUAUCUUAUUGUUUAAGACGCUUUUCCGCAAUCAAAUUUAAAUCUGGACCCAGAAAUGUCAGUAUCGGUUUGAAAUAAAAGGAUUAAUUUUUGAUUGCAAGUUAAGUAUUCUGUUUUAUGCAUGAAUAGUGUUGUUUUGUUGUGCUUUUUAUUUAUAAAUCCAGGCUUCUGUCCUCAGUUUUGCCAGUCGAUCCCGUGACACACAUUGUGACAAACAUGACUUUUUACUGGGCUGCCUGUGCGCCCAGUCAUAAAAUGGGCUUUCGGUCGUCGGUGUCAAAAAGUGGUCUCCCGGGGGAGGGAAGACACGAGGGUCUGGUACCGAGAAACGAUGUUCUCGCAAAUGGUUUCAUAUGAGUUUCUCUUGCACGAACCCUUGCACGGAUACUUUUUGUACCUCGUCUGCGCUCCCCCUGAAAAACCCACAAAGCGUUGCGAACCUGAAGAACGCUAUUUGCGUUGUUCGAAGCGAUUCCAUCGUGGGAGUCACUCUAUAAUUUUUUUAUUGUUCGAGUUUAAGUCAGGUAGAUGAUGUUGGCGCUGGGAAACUCAGAGAAAUGCUCGCGUUGCAUUCAAACCGACACGCUGUUCACGGUAGGUUCACACUAAAAGAUGACUGUGAGCGUCAGGUUUGGAACGCCGUGGCCGCUUCCUGAACUCAAAGAGAGAAUUAUCGAUCGAUGUAGUACAAGAGCAAUUAAGAAGCACAAUUUAUGAGCAAGGUAUUUCACCAGUUGACGACACUAUUGCUGAAGACUUGAUUGUAAGCCUUCGUAGUCAGUGAAGCGAGCAACUCAGUUGCCGAUGAAUGGCACUACGCACGUCUAUGAGUGAGGGACGUGACAAUUUUGCCAUGUUAGAAGACUGGCUUUUCCUUUAAAUAUUUCCUUCUAUUUAAUGCAACACACGCCACUUUGGAGGUCUAAAUUUCGGAUACUGAGGAUAAAGAAGACACGGACAAAAAUAGGGACUCUGAGAAUUUCGCGCACAAUGCACAAGUUUAAAGCCUCACCGGAACAUCCCAUCCGGGAGCUUCACAGAGAGCGACUUGAGGAAAAUAGGAGCUAUUAUUGACAUAGCCUGAGUAUCAGGCGUUUCUGGGGGAAAGGGGGAAAGAUGGAAGCGAAAAAGGGAGAGAGCUGAAGGAGAGAAACUUCUCCCCCCCUCCCCCCUCCUUCAUCAAAAAUCUCCCCUCCCCUAUCCCCUUAGGAAGGCCUGUUACUCAGGCUAUUACUGACAAGGUUUGGUGACUGAGUAGAGCAUACAAGUGUAGCCCACGUACAUGAUCUUGUGAUCACAAUUCUGUGUUUUCGCCCAUUCAGCAAGCACGCUAUAUUGAUGUCAGCAUUAGCGAGUUUCAGAAACAUGCCUUUGAAAGUUUUUUAGCUCUCGUGAUGUUUCUUGAUAUUUCUUUUACCAUUUUAUGAAGAUGUUAACUGAAGUCACCGCAAAAUGGAAACUUAAAAAAGCGUAUAAUCCAUUUAUCUCGAAACAUAACACACAUGACUUAUAUAUACGACCUUUAUUUUCGUAAAGGUGUUUUGAAUACGAACGAACACAGUCAAUGUGAGGGGCAAAAACAGCAUUAAUAUAAAUGAACCAUAGGGUUUUAACUAAUAUAAGGGUCAAUUAUUGUGCAUUGAGAUGAAUCACUUGAAAAGAGAGACUUCGCUUGAAGAUGUGAUCAGAAGUAAACAAAGGCAUAAUAGUGCGUCACGUUCAGUCUUUUUAAUAUCGAAGGAGUCACUGUGAAUAGUGUUUCCAUACUUAGGACGAGUUAUAAAGCGGCACAGUUAUCUUCCAUGAAGAAAAGUUCGUCUUGGGUGAGACAAACAGAACUGGAGCGAAUUUUUAACUCGCAUCGGUAUCAGGUAAAAAAUAUGUUAUCGAUCGUUUCAUCUAUUUACAUUGUUUGAAGUGCGUGCUGGUGAACGCAACAUGCGAGCGAGAAGUCUUUAAACUUUUUUAGGUCUCAAAAUGCAAAGGAUUUUAUUCCUUUAAGUUAGAGAAAAAUACCAUGACGAAAAUCUUAUAACUGAAUAUUUUUCUUCUUGUGGAAAAAAUAAUGCGUUUUCUUGUAGACUGUGGACCGCAAAUUAGGAUCGCACUUUUCACAAACGUGCGAAUUCCGAAGUUCAGAAGCCAACCGAGGAUUGCGUUUUUCGCUGCUGUCAAUCAUCUUAACGGACCUCUUAGGAAACAAAACUCUAUUUCACGGGUUCAAAAGGUCAUGGUUUGUGAUUUGUGGAUUUCGAUCCGUUUUGUGUGUUUCUCUGUUUCAAGGUUCGUUGCUUUUGAUCGUAAUUAUGAUUGACGGCAGCGAUAAACACAAUUGUGAAGGUGGCUUUUGAACUUUAGAGUUCGCAUGUUUGUGAAAAGCGCAGUAAAGUCUCCGUGCAGUCAGUGAGGCCCCUGGAUCAGGCGGGAUCAAUGGGCAGUUAACUGUCUGUUUUAGUAUACUUCUGGUUUUCAUAUAAUACAAUAUUUCUGUCUAGUGUAAAUCAGCUCAUUAUACUCGUAGAACGACAACAAUUUUUGGAAUUUCCAGUUACGUCACGUUAUACUGUCACGCUAUAUUUUGGGGCACAGAUUAGGAGAGGGGUACGUGGAAAUAAUGCAAAUUGUUUCCUCCUUAGAAUUAAUGGCUAACUUGUCUAUUUUUAUUCAUAGUGGUAGAAUUUAAAAGUUAUUAUACAGCCCCCACUUAAAAAUGGUACUCUUUUUUUUGGGUUACGAAAGUCUUUCAAAAGGGUACAAUGUUUUGAAUGAGUUUAUGUUUCAGUCUCACAUGAGGUUCUGUCGCGUGCAAUGGUUGCCGACAAGGUUUUAUGGUAGCCUGAGUGUGUAUAGCCGCCCCCUCCCCUCAGAAAAAAUAGCCCCUUGGCAGCCCAGGUAAAAAUCGCCUUUCGGCGAUUCUUGUUUUGUUAUAAUCUGCAUUUACUGCCAGGCAUGAAACCUGUGACUUCAAGCUCCCUAAGAUAUAUUUGGCGAUUAUAUGUGAUUCUGAGGAUAUGAUGCUGAAGCGAACAUCAAAAUCAGUCUCGCUGGGCAUGCCAAUUUCUUGCCUGGCAUGCCGGGCAUGCCAAACCAACUGGCUUCACCAUCGGCAUGCCCGGCAUGCAAAAAACUGGGAAUGAAUUAUCAACCCGGCGAGAGAUCUGGGACCUAAGUUUAUCUGGGUCAAUUUUGGGCUGCGAGGGCAUGAACCCAUUUUUUCCAUGCCUAUGAGAUGUUAUUUCUAAGUACCAAUGUUCCCUUGAAUUUUGUCAUGCCUCAAUAUAUAAAAUUUUCCCUCUCUCAUUAAUCCUCAGACUGGAUGCGAUUUUUACGCUCGCUAGGCAUGUUCAACUGAAAAUCAUGCCCAUAUUCAGAGCGGAAAAACGUUCUGCGCAAGCUUCUGCGCAUCCCUUAUCGCAGGCUCAAGGCGGGCUUUUCUGUAUGUUGACUGUGUUUGUUUGCUGGAGUUCUGAAUGAAAUGCACGAGGUGCGAACGUUUGCUCCCUGUAAAGCAUUUUUAUUUGACAUGUUUGCUUUUUUUUCGUCGCUUGAAAAUUACUUUGGAUUCAGAACAACCAAUGUUAAAGGAAAAACGGAUCAUUCCCUUAGUCUGAGUUGGAAUAAAAGGUUUUGAACAUUUCUUAAGAGGCGAGUAUUUUUCUGAUUGUGCAUCCGAUUAAUUUGUGAGUUGAUUUCGCCAGGUUGAAUUAAAACCCGCUUGUAUUCUGUUAUUAGUAGUUAUGGUUACUUUUUUUACAUGCCCAGAUUUAUUACCUUUGCAGAACCAGCUUUAUCUUUGUCUUCAGUCAAAGAACCAUAUUGCUGUUUAAUAACGCAUCAGAGUGCACAAACUUGUGCGCUUAUUAAAUUUUCUUGGAAAAAGAAGGCCAGCAAGCUUAGUCAAGAUCAUUUUUCUAUUGCAUAAGUAAUAGUAGUCAGAGUUUUUUUCAUUUUUCAUUACGUAGUUUGUUUUCCAGUGCACUGUGAAAGUUUCUGUUCUUUAUAAGAAUAACUUUCAGUACGCAAAUUGUCCAUUUCGUUCGCUGUAAAGUAGAGAACGACAACUGCCGGCAGUGACUUCAAAACAAUUGACUGCUUUCCCGUAAACAAUUGCUGCAGCUGGAUUUGACUGAGGCGAGCAAAACAAACCCUUAUAUGCAAUUUUCUGUAUUUUCUAAUGAUCGGCUGAGUUUAAUUUGCUUAAACGAAGACCCUCGCAUGGACCAGUUAAGCUUACAGAAAAUAGCUAAUGGUGAAUCAUGGCUUGGCUGCCAAGUUGCAACUGAUCUUUUGCUUUUAAGAUCUCUAGGUAGGUUGUUUUCGCACAGAAAAUUCAUUUCUUCAAUGUCAGCGAGAAGUUUUUGAAAUAAUGUAACUUUAACUUUGUUUGAAGGAAAUCCUACUUACGCGUAGGUUUUGACAGAUGUUAUGCGUGUUCAACUUGACAACACAAAGCAAAAUUUAUAUAUCUGCCCGAAACGAGCAAGUUUAAAAAAACUAUCGUUGCUUUGAAACCGAUUUUUGGGAAGAUUUUACUCGAUAAAGAUUGAACUUUUUUCUGCCCACAUAUCAACGCAAUAACUGCUACAUUGAGGAUUUUUCUUAUAUUUUAGUGAUCUGCGAAACUACGAGUGUCCGAUCGAGCGAGGGUUUUAAAAUAUCAGCUCGAGUGCGACAAAGUUCAGUGACUUCAAACACAUUGUGGGCAAGCAUUAAUUUUUCUGGGCAAAUCACUGUCCAAAGAUAUGUUUUUGUAUCCACAGUGGAGCUCUGGACCUUAUAUAUCCAGGAACUUCCUUAUAUGAACACAUUUUGUGAAUGCAUCUUUAAAAAAAUCGGACCUACGCAUGCAGAUUUCCAGUACAAGGCACGGAAAUUAAUGUCGUUAAAUUCCGUUUUACUAUGAGGUGUUCUUCGAGAAUAUUAAGUAACGACAAGGUUAUAACCACAGCUUGCAACUUUCGAAGACAAAUUGCCUGUCCUCCCCAGGUUAUGAGUGGAAAGAUUUUAUUUUUAAGCAAUAAAAUAUUUGAAAUCCCGCCAUUUUUUCAAACCCGGCCAGGGGAUCUGGGCGAAAAAGUUCACGCAUGCUCAUUACGCUUUUCCGCCCUGAAAUGCCCAUACCCUUAUUCAAAACAAAAUGCUAUCAAAUUUUAGUUUCCAAGCCGUUAAAGAAAAACAAUUAACUUUCUCAAAUGGAAAGGGACGUUUCGGUCCGACCGACCGACGGAAAUGACCGGACUAGUCAAAGUGGACCGCCUUCCAAGGUGGUCCUAAAUAUUCCUGUCGGAAGGAACCAAAAUGGUUCGUUCCAUUUGAUUUCCAACCGAAAAUUGCCGGAAUUUAAGGCUGAAUGGAAAGCGACUAAUGCAAGGAACAGUCCCUAUUGAAGUACCUCCUCAAAAUCCAUAUGAUUGAGCUGGACAAGAAACUGGAAUGUGCACCAAUGUUGUCGUUUGCUAAGAGAAAAAAAAAGGCUUCACGAAACCUUAAUUUACCAAUUAAUGAAUGAGGCUGAGUAUCUUAUGAAGAAUUAUGGAGAUCGAAAAGAGUGUUAUCCGUCGAGGCCGUAGGCCGAGGCGGAUAACAACCUCCGAGAUCUCCAUAAUUCUUCAUAUGGUACGAAAGCCGAAUUCAAUAAUUGUUUUAUUAUUCAUUCAUAAUAAUUCCUAGUUUAAAAACAUAGCUAAAACAAGCUUACUUGCAUCGAUGUUAAGUUCAUCUUCGAUAGUUUACGUUUAGGUUUGUCCAGCUCCGCAAAUAUUCUCCAAAUAGCAGAUGUCCCCUCCGAGUUGUCUUCUGUCUGUUUUCGCUAUGUUUUUAGCCAUUAUUUCGCCUAGUUCCAGCUUUAGUUCUUACUCUUGAAACGAGUGAAGUGUCCGCCAUUUUAGUUUUUACAACGAAAACAACUAAAUCUCGUCCCCAGGUCUUCUCGGUUAACGGUGCAUUAAUAUGUAGAAGGCUGCAUUUUUGACGUCAUUUCCUCGUUAAGUACAAAAUUCUUUCAAAUUUGGCCAUCAGUAACUGGUUAUGGUGAAUUAUGUGUGUGCUUUUAGCCAAUCAGAAUUAAGGAAAUAUUUUGAAUAAAUAAUAAAGAAAUUUAAUGCCUUUCAAUCCUUUUAUGGAAUAGAAAGCUUUAGUCCAUUCAUAACAAAUGUAGUGGUAUUCUCUAAAUUACGAGUUCGCGCCUCUUGCAUUAUGUAAUUACAGUGUAGACAUACGAAGAACAGGAUAUAGGCGAUAACUUAUAAUUAUUGGAAGUGGAUUUGAAUGAUCAAAUGACUGCAAAAAAACAAGAACAGUUACGUGCCCAGACACAGACGCUGCGAGGGAGACUAAGACACGUGGGCUGUCAGGUUAAAGUGCACAUUAAAAACUGUCAAUCAAAUGACAAAGCCGCAGAUGCUUCAUCUAUUAAAUUCAGAGUUAGAUUCGCUAAUCGGAGUUCUCUGUCGGCCUUGACGAGGAGUCAAGUUAUUAUUAAUUAAAUAAACCAGGCAAAAAUUAACAUAUUCGACCUAUUUAAAAGCUAAUACUACAUCGCAAAGGAAGUUUUUUUCGUUGUUGAUGCUUAAACACGGACAAUCUCACUGCCUGGGCCAUGACUGAAGAAGCAAAUAAUUACUGUUCGCCUAAUUUAACACACGACUGGGCUGUGAUAUUUAUUUUGCUUAAUUUUCUUUUCAGUUUGGUUGCUAUCGGCGGAAAUUCUACAGUUUUGUUGAUCAUCUACAGAGUACGCGCGCUGAGAAGUUCGUCAAAUAUCCUCAUCGCAUCGCUGGCGAUUGCAGAUCUCGAAGUCGGCCUUGUUGUGUAUCCUGUCUACAUCGCGUUAACUGUCACAAGGAAGUGGUUCAGCGCGCACUUUGUGUACAGACUGGAAAACUUUCUUUGGAUUCAAUGUUUAGUAACAUCAACAUUUACCCUCUGCGCAAUUAGCAUCGACAGGCUUAUUGCCGUAACGUUCGCCAUUCGGUACAAACAAAUAAUAACAAAAAAGCGGUGCUACCGAACAAUCCUUUCAAUUUGGAUUACAUCUUUGUUGUUCGGAUGUUCCAGUUUGUUUUUCGAGGAUAAAGGCAAGGCAUCUGUUCUUUGGAUUGUGACGCUUGUGCUAACAUUCGUCAUACCAUUUGCAGUAAUAAUUUACUGCUAUUUUCAGAUAUUUAAAGCAGUACAUGAGCGAAAAGAAAAUAUCUGUCGCCUAAGUCCAAUGAUAGCUGCCGACAUGCUAAAGAAUAGGAAAGCAGCAUGGACAAUGGCUAUCGUUGUUUCUGUAUUUUUCAUGACAUUUUUCCCAAACGUGGUGUUCUCGGCCAUAGACGUAAGUACGAGAGAUUCCUGCGAGAAGGCGCUAGUUUACCGACAUUGGUUAUGGGGAAUUCUACUUGCUUUUAGCAGCUCGGCUUGGAAUCCUUUCGUAUAUGCUGCCAGAAUCAGAGAAUUCAGACGCGAACUAAAGCGCUUGUUCAAGCUAUCUCAAAAUUUUAGGUAA